UCCUUCUCUUUCUCUAUGUUCCUCUUUCUCUCUCUCUCUACACAGAAACAUUUGCUCUCUGGCCGAACCCCUCCAAUCUCUCACCACACCACACACAAACCUUAAACUCAUUUCUUAACAAAUCAAACUUCUCUUAAAUCUCUCUCAAUUGGAUCUCAAAAUCCUCCAUUCUAAAAAACUUGAUCAGAUCGAUUGAUUGAUUAACAACACUAACAUUUUGCUCAGGGAAGGGCAUUUUCAUUGAAAUGGGAAUGCCCAAUCCCAAUCUCAAUCUCAACAACCCCUUAAAACCAUGAACAAACCCAUUCUCAUUUCUCAAGAAGACCAACUCCUCCAACAACAACACCAACACCAACACCAACACCAACAACUAGACCAACAAGAUUUCUUUUACGAAUCAAACGACCGUUUACUCUCUCUUUCCUCUUCCUGCUCUUGUUCUAACUCCAACUCUGACCAAGAAGACGAAGACCAAGAAAACAACAACAAUAAUUGUAAUUACAAUUUUGCCCUUAACAGUUACGACAUAUGGAUCUCUCAACCUUCUUCCGUUUCAGAACGUCGUACUCGUCUUCUUCAAACUAUUGGUCUCUCUUCCGAUUUUGCCCUUUCACGUGGUAACCCAAUCCCACCUUACAAUGCCAUAUUCCGAUCCAAAUCUGACGGUCAUAACAACAAUUCUAAUAACUCCUGUUUUAUCUCUUCUACUGUAAAUGUAAAUACUUCUGUUCCCGGUAAUUCUGGCGGAUCCCCAGCUAAACCUCCAUCUGGAAAGAAUUCUUCUAGAAGAAGUCAUUCCGGUGUUGAUUUCUUGCCGGGGAAUUCUUCUACUUUGCCGGACACGGGUGAAAUUUCUGGUGAAGCUGUGCUUUCUAAAGAGAUAGAAUGUGAUGAAAUUGAAAAAGGGGAAGAACAAGCUUGUACUAUCAGAGAUCUUGAUAAUGGAAAAGAGUUUGUUGUGAAAGAAGUUAGAGAAGAUGGAAUGUGGAAUAAAGUGAAGGAGGUUGGUACUGGGAGACAGUUGACUAUGGAGGAAUUUGAGAUGACGGUUGGUCAAUCUCCGAUUGUGCAGGAGCUUAUGCGCCGGCAGAAUCACGAGGAGACUGGUGAUGUAGCCGGUGGUGGUGUUGGAAAUGGGAGUAAUGGUAAUGGAGGUUGUUCUAAGGGGAAGAAGAAAGGAGGGAGUUGGUUGAAGAGCAUCAAGAGUGUUGCUAGUUCAAUGGCGGGUCAUAAGGAGAGGAGGAGUAGUGAUGAGAGAGAUACUUCGUCGGAGAAAGGCGGGAGGAGGUCGAGCUCGGCUACGGAUGAUAGUCAAGAUGGUUCAUUUCAUGGACCUGAGAGGGUGAGAGUGAGACAAUAUGGGAAAUCAUGUAAAGAGUUAACUGCAUUGUAUAAGAGUCAAGAAAUUCAAGCUCAUAAUGGAUCAAUUUGGAGUAUUAAGUUUAGUUUAGAUGGGAAAUAUCUUGCUAGUGCCGGUGAGGAUUGUGUGAUUCAUGUUUGGCAGGUUGUGGAGUCUGAGAGGAAAGGGGAGUUGUUGCUUAUGGAGAAACAGGAGGAUGUUAAUGUUAAUAUGUUAUUUCUUGUUAAUGGGUCGCCGGAACCCGCGACCUUGUCUCCUUUGGCGGAUAAUCUUCUGGAGAGGAAGAGAAAGGGGAGGUCGUCCGUUAGUAGGAAGUCGAUGAGUUUGGACCAGUUUGUGGUCCCUGAACAUGUGUUUGCACUCACUGAAAAACCCGUUUGCUCCUUUAAAGGUCAUUUGGAUGAUGUGCUUGACCUCUCUUGGUCCAAGUCUCAGCACUUGCUCUCAUCUUCAAUGGACAAAACAGUGCGGCUGUGGCAUUUGUCUAGCAAGUCUUGUUUGAAGAUUUUUUCACACAGUGACUAUGUAACUUGCAUCCACUUUAAUCCUGUCGAUGAUAGAUACUUCAUUAGUGGAUCUUUGGAUGCUAAGGUUCGCAUAUGGAGCAUUCCGGAUCGACAAGUUGUUGAUUGGAUUGAUCUUCAUGAGAUGGUCACUGCUGCUUGUUAUACACCUGAUGGUCAGGGUGCACUAGUUGGUUCAUACAAGGGUAGCUGUCAUUUAUAUAAUACAUCUGAAAAUAAGUUGCAACAGAAAAGUCAGAUCAAUCUGCAGAACAAGAAAAAGAAAUCAAAUCACAAGAAAAUUACUGGUUUCCAGUUUGCCCCAGGAAGUUCAUCAGAAGUACUUAUCACAUCUGCUGACUCUCGAAUACGGGUUGUUGAUAGUAUUGAUCUGGUUCAUAAGUUUAAAGGCUUUCGAAAUGCAAGUAGCCAGAUUUCAGCCUCCCUCACAGCAAAUGGUAAAUAUAUUGUUGCUGCAAGUGAGGAUUCCCAUGUAUACAUCUGGAAAAAUGAAGCCGAUUGCAGGCCCAACAGAAGUAAAGGUGUCACCGUGACACAGUCGUAUGAACAUUUUCACUGUAAAGAUGUGUCAGUGGCCAUUCCCUGGCCUGGUAUGGGUGAUGCAUGGGACAUGCAUGAUACAUUUUCUGGAGCGCAACCUGAGCUUGAUAGCAACAAUGACGAAAUCGCAUCAGCCAAUCAUCCUCCUACACCUGUAGAGGAAAACUUCGGUGUCGAGGGUUCACGGUCUGCUUCAGGUUACAAUAGUCCACAUCACGCAACCAUUGCGAGUGCGACAAACAGUUACUUUUUUGAUAGAAUUUCUGCAACAUGGCCAGAAGAAAAACUUCUUCUAGCUGCAAGAAAUCAAAGCCCUCGUGUCAGUAUGGAUUUCUCAAAUGGGGUAAGUCAAAAAAUGUCAGCCUGGGGUAUGGUGAUUGUUACUGCCGGUCUUCGAGGUGAGAUUAGAACUUUCCAAAAUUUUGGAUUGCCACUUCGAAUAUAAGAGACCAUAGAAUAUGUGUAUGACUAUAUAGCACAGCGGAGAGCGAGUUGAUUUCAGCUCAGAAGGCAGUUGACAUCACCUUCUCCAUAAGCUGGCAAAAACCUGUACAGAAAAGUGGGUGAGAUUUGUAAUAUUAGCGGGGUUUCAUUUAUUUCCUUGUUCUUGUGCUUAUUGGAUGAAGAUAGGUUAUCAUUCCAUUCAUGCACUCAGGGGGGAAAUGGGGGAGGGGGGAAACAUUGUUAAACAAAAAGAAAAAAGAAGAAAAAAAAAGGUACAUCAGGAAUUUAGAAACCGAUGAAUGUAAUCGGGAAAUGUAGAGUAACGCGAGUAUGGGAAAAGCUUAUUGAAAUUAGAAAUGAUGAUUCUUUUAUACUUGUUGCCUUGAGUUUUUUUUUGUUGUGGAAUUCAAUAUGUUGUUGUCCAAGUAAAUCAGUUUCUAAUAAAUAGCAUAGAUGCAAAAUUUAGUGUCA